GACAGAAGCUGCUGCCAGAAGCAAGGAAGGAUCAUUAACUGAAAGAGAAAUUGCAAGUGUGGGCUUCAUGGGAUUGCUCAAGUGUCUCCUCCCUGCCUGUUCUAGUUCUGAAAUCGAGCCUUGCAGGAACGUCUUCUGUAUUUCUAGGCUUUCCUACAGUGUGGCAAACUGUGAUUUACAUCUUCAGCUCAGUUAUGGUUGCUAAAAGUCAUUUUAUUAAUUAUUGUUAUCUAAAGAGGGGCGUAUGCUUGAUGGGAGUGCUCUGAAGUCUGUCUACUAGCAGGCUGUCUGAAGCUCUCUUUACAUGGGGAAACUGCAGCGGUGCUUAAUAGAACAGCUAAUCAGUGAGCACCAAACGUUUAACUGAAGUUAAAGCAACAGAACAGAAUGCAACAACACGCAUCUCGUUCUCCUCCAAGGACAGCAUCUUGAUCGAUGAGCUUAUUGACGACAGUGAAAGCGUCAUGCGGAAAAGGACUCUUUUGACCCUCUUCACUGUGGUUCUUGCGUACCUGGUGGUGGGGGCAUUUGUGUUCCAGGGCCUCGAGCAGCCAUUUGAGAUCCAGCAGCAAAACAGUCUCCUUGCUAAGAAAAUUGACUUUCUUGCUGAGCACAUCUGUGUGGAUACCAGCAAACUGGAUAUGUUCAUUGAGGAUGUACGAGAUGCUGUUGGAGUUGGGGUGGACCCACUGGUUAACUCAACUAACACGACCAGCACAAAGUGGGACAUUGGCAGCGCUUUCUUCUUCGCUGGAACUAUCAUAACUACAAUUGGAUUUGGAAACAUUUCUCCUAAAACAGAAGGUGGUCGCCUGUUUUGCAUUUUCUAUGCCCUCGUAGGAAUCCCUCUCUUUGGUAUGCUUCUAGCAGGUGUUGGAGAUCAGCUAGGGUCUACAUUGAGAAAAGGAAUAGGAAAAAUUGAAGACAUCUUCCUUAAAUGGAGGGUAAGCCCCACAAUUGUCCGAGUGAUCUCAGCUGUGCUUUUCAUUCUGUUUGGCUGCGUUUUGUUUGUGUUUUUGCCAACCGUUAUCUUCCAGAGGAUUGAAGAGUGGACAGUCCUGGAAUCAAUUUACUUUGUUGUCAUCACUUUAACCACAAUUGGCUUUGGAGAUUAUGUAGCAGGGGAUGGCACAACAGAACACUACAUCUGGUACAAGCCAUUGGUCUGGUUCUGGAUCCUGCUGGGACUAGCUUACUUUGCCUCCAUCCUUACAAUGAUUGGAAACUGGCUUCGUGUAUUGUCUCGUAAGACAAGAGCAGAGAUGGGUGAUCUGACUGCUCAGGCCGCUAACUGGACUGCAAAUAUGACAGCUGAACUCCGUUUAGCUCGCCCAGGAAUGAGCUUUGAUAUUCCAGACAAACUACACAGAAGACGUAACAAGAAGCGUAAGACAGGAACAGGGCAACAGCCAGGAGAAAGUGAUGAAGAAGAUGAUGAUGAUGAUGAUGAUGAAGAUGAUUUUUCAAGUGAUGAAAAAGAAGGAUCACAUGCUACAUCCCCAGAGCCCUCUCCCAAAGUUAAUAAAAUGACAAAGGUUGAUGAAAUGAACAAACUUAACAAGGAGCGGCCCAUUGACUACUUGCAUGAAAAUCUGGCAUUCAUUGAUGAGUCAUCUGAUGCUCAGAGUGAUAUAAUUGCUAAUGGCAUAAAAGGAAGAUCUAGGAGGAAGAGGAGGCAGAGAAGUCGAGGACUGCCAAGGGAAGCAAAUGGGCCAACAACUGAAGGUAGUGAAUUUUUAAAUCGAAACAGAGACAAGGGAGAAAAUGUUUGAGGAGCAAAUGGUUUAAAGGAAGGAAACUUAUAUCUGGAAAUUUUUGACAACAACCUUUCAGAAAUUUAUUCAGACCAGAUUCUGCCAUACACUGGAAAUGUUUUGCAAUAUUGCGGUCAUUUGAAAAAUAUGGAGGGCAGUAGUGUUUUAUGAAUAAUUUGAUAUGACAAAAAUAAGAAGAUGGGGUUCUUCUCUUAAGAGAUUAAAUGCAGCUUAAAAGGUGAAUUGUGUCAAAAGCUGUAACAAGUUCAGUUCAGAUUCUUUUUUUUAAAUAUUAUUGACAUAAUUUUGCACUGAAUUUAUUAAUAUUUUUAUAAUAUUUUGCAAGGCAACCACUGUGAUAUUAUUUCCUAGAAUUUAUAAAGAAAGUAAUCUAAAGCUAAAUAUGUUUUCAUUUUCUUGUUUAUUGAAAGCACCGUGUCGUCUAUGUACAAGCAGGGAAACCUAUCAUGCAUCAGUAUUCUUUCCAUUAACAAUCUGAUUUUUUUCAGGAUGAGACCUCCUAUAUCCUAUAAUAACUGAUAGCGUAUCACACAAACUUUAAGGAAGCAUGGCUUUAAUGCAAAAUGGACUUUCUGUAGAGGUGUAUUGCUUUGCUGUUGACUUGAUUACAUAUUGUUGCAAAAUAGUCAGCAUGUGGAUAAAAUGUUUUGAAACACUUGAAAAAAAUAUGCCUUUGUCCUGUAAUCCUGAAACAAACUAUACCAGUGGCUGGUGCAUAUUUUGUAUGCUAGACCUCUGACUGUUAGCAGUAUUAUAUUUAAGUGUUCUUGAAGUUUGAAAAUUGACUGGAGGUGAGCCAUCACUUUUCAAAAUAUAUGAUACUGUGGUAAACAAUUUAAUUCUUGAAGAAUUUUCUCAGCAAAAAGUCAUGGUUGUGCCUUUGUAGUAAGAGAUCUGGCUCUUGAUAACAGCAAUAUUAUGCAGAUCUGAUUUUCCUCUGGAUAGUGAUACUUGAAAAGGUAGCAACUGCAGAAUUCACAGCCACCAUUUUAUACCAUGUGAUGUCACAGUGACUAUGUCUACAGCUGAAAGUGGUCAGGUGUUUGAAACUAGAAAAAAUGAUCAUGACUUUUGACUUAAGCCAGCAUGAGGACAAAUAACUUGUACUAUCAACUAUAAAACACAUUUGUCUUGAUUGCUUCUCAAAAUGUUUAGUUGACACUAAUUAAAAUGUUGGCUGCCAGAAA